UUUCUUCAUUUAUGCAUGCCAACUGCUCCAUACCUUCCUUCUCAUGGGUGGGCAGGGUUCGAAAGACAGGCAGCAUCUUUUUCCGCGAACAGUUAGUUACCUCAGUCAAUUUAGCCCCCUUACCCGGCAGUGACUUUUCUUCCCUCCAUCACGGCACACCCCAUCCACGUCAGAUCGCCCAUCAUGGACCCCAGCACAAUCAACUGGAAGGAUGCCUUCUGGUUCUUCUACUGGGAUCUGCAUGAAAAAAAUCCGCCUUCUUUCCUCACAGGCGAACAUGGCGAGAGCAAGUACGAUGAGUUCAUCAUUGAAUUCUUGAAAGGACAGCGUCUGCCUCGCGAUACCCUUUGUCGUCCUCGUUCAUGGAAUCACCUGUUGUGGCAUCUCAUGAGAUCCACCCUGUAUCACACAGGUCUACACCUCGACGAGUGUGAUAUGAGAAAUUUCAGUUGGCUGCUCGAGCCUCCUCCCAAAAAUGACAAGCCCUUGGUGAACUGGAUGGAGCUCCUCGACAUUCACAACCAAGAGGUGGACGACAACGUACGACUUAGAUACAGCGAUGAGCUCGGCGGCCUCUCUGACGACUAUGACGGUAUCUUCUGGUUUCUCCAUUACUUGGAAGAACGCGCAUUCGCAAAUAUUCCCUGUAAACCAACCAUGACAGAGGCGUGGGUCAGCAACCCCUAUCUCCUGCAAUUCGAAGACUUUCAGGGUCAUCAGCUUAAUUGGGCGGUGUCGCUUCCCUUUAAGAAAGUUCCAACCAUCAAACUAGGUUUGCCUUAUCUUCUCGAACAUGACUUUGUCAUCGUACACGAGGUCGAUUUCGAUUUCGACGUCAUUCGUCUUCUUUCUUAUAAACACCAGCUGGGAAAUCGAGACUUGCUCAGCGAAGCAUACUUUCACUACACUACUAUGCUUCGAUGGGCUUACUGUAUGAUAAGCGAAGACAGAGUCUCGAGUAUCGAUGAAUUCCUCCAAAGAACUUCUAGCUAUCGCCAUUUGUCGAAGCAGGCCAACGCCAGUGAUAGAUUGCGCAUCACGAAGGAGCUGUGGGAGGCCAUCAGAAUGAUAAGCCAAGAAAGCCACCAGAGAGCUUCAAAAGCUUAGCGGACUGCUUGGGGGGGAGAAUAAGGCAGAGGUUGUUGAAUGAGAUGAGCCCCGAGAUGGCGACUGCUCAUAAGGUUUUGGGGAAUCUUGGGCGAGACGAUUGCUACAUUUUUUUAGGGUUGGGAUGCUAUUCAUUUCUGACGAGCACGGUAGCACUACAACGCAGUAGAAUAGGAGAACCUUUCCUCAUAGGAAGCCAAGCAGGACUUCAUGACUAUUUUGCCAGAGUGAAGUGUUGUCUCGGGAGUGUUGGC